AUGAAUGCCCCAAUGCCGCCCAGCUACGGCCGUGGCUUCCCGCAGGCCUCCCAACGUUCUCCUGCCACGCCUCGUCGCGGACCUCCAGGACCAGGCCCUGCAAUGCCGGUUCCCAUGGCUCAACAUCCCGUCCCCCCUCAGUAUCUGCCUCCGCAGCGCAACAUGGCACAUCCCAACGACGCCGCUCUCCGUCGCAGCCGCAAGCCCACGGAUAAGAACAUCCCCGACGGCAUUGAAGAUGUGAUCGUCGGCGAGGGCGUGCAGCAGUACAAGAGCCUGCGCGACCUGGAGAAACGGCUGGAUGCCGCCAUCGUUCGCAAGAGGUUAGACAUCCAGGAUUCGAUUAGCAAGACCGUCAAGAAAUACCGCACCAUGCGUAUCUGGAUCUCGAAUACCGUUGAGUCUCAGCCCUGGCAGGACGCCAGCGGACAGAACGGCUCGGCGCCCGGCAGUAACCCCGGCUCGGGACGAUACAAGGUCCGCAUUGAGGGACGUCUGCUGGACGACAACAGUGAUCCUACGGCGGCGGAGGACAGUGACGACGAAGGUGCCGCCGACGAAUCGAAUGGAGAUUCUAUGGAGCAGGAUUCUUCGGAGGCCAAGAAAUCUGGUGCCAAGCAGCAAAAGCAGCGCUUCUCGCACUUCUUUAAGACCAUCUCCGUGGACUUCGACAAGGCCUCCACGGUCAACCCGGAGGAGGUCAAACCCGUCAGCUGGGUCAAGCCUCAGCUGCCUCCCAACGCCGCCUCGCUUCCCCCGUCAGCGGACUUCGAUUCGCUGCAGUUUUCUCGCGCGUCCCAGGAAAACUUGAACAUUACGAUCAGCCUGGUCCACGAUGAGGUGCCCGAGCGAUACAAGCUGAGCAAGGAGCUGGCGGAGGUCCUCGACGUGGAAGAAGAGACUCGCAGUGGCAUCGUACUUGGCAUUUGGGAUUAUAUCCGUGCCAUGGGUCUCCAGGAAGAUGAGGAGAAGCGCCUUGUCCGUUGUGAUCAUCGUUUACGAGCGAUCUUCGGCAGAGACCAGAUGUUCUUCCCUCAGAUCCCCGAAAGCAUCGGUCCUCACACCAGCCCUAUCGACCCCGUCAAACUGCCCUACACCAUCCGCGUCGACGAGGAAUUUCACAAGAACCCCACCGCCACCGUCUACGACAUCCAAGUCGCCGUGGAAGACCCUCUUCGCGCCAAGAUGCUCGCUCUGACGAAAAACCACCAAUACUCCAUGGCCAUGCAGAAGAUCACCUCCCUGGACGACCAAGUCGCCCUCAUCGUCCAGACCUUGACGCAUUCCCGCGCCAGACAUUCCUUCUACACCGCCCUCAGCAAAGACCCGGUUAACUUUGUGCGUCGCUGGAUUAACUCCCAGCGUCGUGAUCUCGAGACCAUUCUCGGUGAGGCGACGCGCGGUGGCGGCGAAGAUGGCAGCGGGCCGGAGUUCCGUCGUGGAGGUGCGGACGGCGCUUGGGAUACCCCUGUGGCUCGCGAAGCUGUACGAUACAUGCUUGCGAAACCGGAGGCCGCGAUGGGACGGUGA